AUGUCAAUCAGACCUUCUUCUGAGUAUUCCAACUCUCUAACCGAGAAAUCCAAGAAGGAGAAGGUUUUCUCCAAGGAUGAGAUGAAAACAGCGCGUAAAAGAGUUUAUUCAUUAUUGUUUUCGGAUAAAUUAGCCAUUAUAGCUAUUUUCCCAGCAAUAUUGGCAGGUUUAGCUCCUAUCUUGACAUACCAGUUCAUCGGUAAUAUCAUUACUGAAACGGCAAAAUAUAAAUUAGGAGAAAUCGAUGAUCCGAUGCCAGGAACGAAGAGACAAGUAUUAUCUCUUGUUAUUUCAUUGAUUUUCAUUUCAAUUGCCUUCUUUUUCGCUACGUUUUUAUGGACAAGAGUUGGAGCACGAAUUGCAGUGAGAAUUCGUGAUGAAAUCUUCUCACACAUGAUGACAUAUGAUGUAACUUUCUUUGAUACACAUUCUAUCGGUAGUUUACUCACUAUUCUCGGUGAAGAUGCGACAACAAUUCAAGAAUCAUUCGGAUCAACCAAAAACGCUCAGAUACAAAGCAUUGCACAGUUCGUUAUUGUUUUCUUAUUCAUUUACAUACAGAGCUGGCGUCUAGGAUUAGUUAUGACCACAUCAAUUCCUGUAAUUCUCAUUACUAUGCUUGCUGUACAGCUAUUUCUUAACAACAAUGCAGGAAACAGGUUCAAACAUGUUUUUGAGAGUAUAACUGUUGCAGAAGAGACACUUUCCAACGCAAGAACAGUCAGAUCUUUUAAUCGCGAAGACGGAGAAGUCAAAAGAUUUGGAGAUCAAACGAGAAAGAGCCAAACAUUCGAUAGAAAGUUUUUCAUGAACAUUGGCUACGAAUUUGGCUUAAUUUUCCUUAUUAUUUACGGUUAUUCAGCCGGUGUCUUAUAUUACGGAGCCACUUUUGUUGGAGAACGAGAGAAUGGUCGACCAUUUAGCAGUGGUUCACUUCUUGCUGUAUUUGGAUUCACUUUUGCAGCCACAUGGGCUUUAAUCAGCUUCCAGUUCAUGAUCGGCGAGGAAUCCAGGGCCAUACAAUCAGCGGCAAGAGUUCUAGACCUAAUAAACUACAAACCAAAUGUUAAUUUCGAUGGUGGUCUUACAUAUGACGAUUUCCAAGGCCACAUUAAGUUCGAUCACGUAUCAUUUGUGUAUCCUACCCGAAAGACAUACGCUUUGAACGAUGUUUCGUUCGAAGUUAAGCCCGGCCAAUCAGUUGCAUUCGUUGGUCACUCUGGCAGUGGCAAAUCAACGACCAUCCAGUUGAUAGAAAGGUAUUACGAUGCCACAGACGGCAACAUUUUCAUUGAUGGCCACAAUAUCAAGGAAAUUGACCCGAGAUGGCUUCACAGACAAAUGUCAUUGGUUUCACAAGAACCGAUUUUGUUCCAAGGAACAAUCAGAGACAAUGUUUUGUACGGUGUACAAGGAAAUCACUCUGAUGACGAAAUUAUGACAGCUCUCGAAAAAGCAAACGCCAAAAAGUUUGUGACAAAAUUCAGUGACGGACUUGACCAUUUGGUUGGUGACAGAGGAUCAGUUCUAUCUGGCGGACAACGUCAGAGAAUCGCAAUCGCAAGAGCUGUCAUGAAAAAUCCAAAAAUUUUGAUCACAGAUGAAGCAACUUCUGCUUUGGACAGCGAGAGCGAAAAGAAGGUACAAGACGCUCUUGACAAAGUACUCAAAGAGAGAACAGGAAUUGCUGUUGCACACAGAUUGUCAACAGUAAUUGGUUGCGAUGUAAUUUUUGUUUUGGACACAGGAAAAAUUGUUGAAGUUGGAACUCACGAAGAAUUAAUCGCAAAAGGUGGAACUUAUUACAACCUCGUGAAACGUCAGCUCAAGAAGAAAACAGAAGACUCUAAAACUUCAUCGGAUUCAGACCAUAAACAACAAAACGAAGAAAAAAGUGAACCAAAAAGUGACAAAAAUAAAGAAGAAAAAAGUGAAGUAAAAAGUGACGAAAUGAAAAAUGAUGAAGGAAAGGAAAUGAAGGAUGAGAAAGAGAAGGUUGAGGAUAAUAAGGAUGAUGAAUAUUCUUAUGAUUCUGAAAGUUACUUAUAUUCAACUUCAUCAGGAUCAAAAUAG